AUGCCAAACACGAACAACAAGAGCCGACCUUAUGCACCCAGACCCAGCAGCGAUGAACCCAAUCGCACACACAGCAAACCCCAAUACAGCACUCGAGAUGAUGAUGAGCCGACUCGGAAUCCGACUCCGGUACGACGCAGCUCCAAGUCGCCCAGCGUUGAGCGACAUCAGCUGCAGCGGGAGACCACAUUUGAGAGUCCGUUGGAGCGUGAGUCUUCGCCGGUUCGUCUCGCUCAGAUCGAUGAUCAGAUUGUCAUCGAUGAGAGCAGCUUGGAGUUUAGGCAGCGCCAAACGAAAGGUAAUGAUAAUAAGCCCAGGGACUUGCCACGUCAGAGUCCCGAGAAGAUGCCAGCGACAUUGCCCUCGAGGCCUCGCCAGAGUCCCGAGAAGCAGUUACCCUCGAAAGCCAGACAAUCGCCACGUUCCGGUAGCCCCGAGAAGCUGCCAGCAACUCUGCCCAAGGAACUCCCACGUUCCGCUAGCCCCGAGAAGCAGCUGCCCAGAGAAUCGCCACGUCAGACACCGGAACAGCUGCCAGCUGUAUUUCCAUCAAAGCCUAAGGAAUCGCCGCGUCGAAGUCCCGAUAAUCAGCUGCCCUUAAAGCCGAGAGAAUCGUCACGUCCGAGUAGCCCCGAAAAGCAAAUGCCAACUAGACCUAAGGAGACGCCACGUUGGAGUCCCGAAAAUCAGUUACCCUCAACAGUGCCCAGAGAUUCGCCGCGUCAAAGUCCUGAAAAGCAGCUACCAGGCACAGUAUCCAAGGAAUUUCCACGUUCGAGUCCAGAAAAAUCGCUACCAUCAUCAACGCCCAGAAAUGCAACACGUCCCGGAAGCCCCGAAAAGCAGCUGCCCAAGGAGCCAAGUCCUGAAAAGCAAUUGCCAAGCUCAGCAAAGCCCAAGGAGUUGCCCCGUCAAGCCAAGGAGCCCAGUCCCAGUGCAACCCAGUUGCCGGCUUCAGCUCCAACUAAGCCCCGAGAUUCACCUAAGCCAACUGCCGACAAGCAGCAACCAUCUCAGUUCCCAGAGGAUGCAUUCUUUAGAAGCACUGUGACCCAACGGUUGACCAAUACAACGAAGAACCUUAACGAAGAAUUCAUAACGAACGAGCGUCAGUCUCAGGCUCGCAAGCCUCAGGAACUGUUUGAUAAGCAGCCCGAACAUCCCGAUACCCAAUUGCCCAAAAGUUCAAGGCCCAAAGAUGAAGAUAUGAUCGAUAGAUCUAGCAAUAAGCCCGCUGCUGGCAGAACUCCGGAGUCAUGCGAAACACCCGAGACACCAGAUGGUGGUUUCAUGUCGAAGAGUCCAGAGCCGGAAGAAGAUCAGAAGCCCACCUACCGCAAGAAGGGCCUGACACGUCGGGAGACCUUUGAGGAUCGUUGCCGCAAGAUCUUGGGCAUGGAGGAGGAUGGCGAUACGCAGGGCAAUUACGUGCCAAAACCUCACGAUGAUGUUGACGACGAUGACACUGAUGAGCAGAAAACAUCAACGGUGGUCAAGCAGACGGAGACCUUUGAGUUUAAGAUUGAGGAUUGUCCCGAUGAUGAUGAUGAGGAUGACAAGCCCAGGCAGGUGACCGAAACAUAUAUCAUACGCGCACAGCCUGUCAUCAAAGUCGAGGAACCUCUGUCUGAGCCGGAAAGCCUGUUACCCCAACGCAACGAGUUGACGGUGGAUAUAACGGAGUCAGACGAAAUCGAAACGCUCGUCAACACAGAGAAGACAACGGGAAAAAAGAUGCCCAAGCCAGUUGAUCAAGAAGUACCACGUCCUGCUGGUGGCCGAAAGCCCAAGGAUGGGCCAGAGCCAGGACCCUCAGCUGGUAGACACCCUGAGGCUGUGAAUCCACAGCGUCCAUCAUUUAACAGGCAACCAAAAGAUGACGCUGAGUUUGUUAAUGUAGAAGAAGAGACGACAACAAUUACAACGAAGCGGUCAUCUAAGUCGCCUUCAUCCACCCGUAAAGGUCCUUUGCCGUACCCGGAGGAUGAGGUAGAGUCACUUCCCACAACUGGAAGAUGGCCUCAUGACAAGGUAGAGCCACGUCCUAAGAGUGGCAGACAGCCUAAGGAUGACAAGCCACAACGUCCAUCAUCUAGCACUCUUUCCAAGAAGGAAACAGAGGUUAUAAAUGUAGAAGAAGCGACGACAGUAACAACUCGCAAAGAGCCUUUGCCUUACUCAGAGGACGAGGACGAACCUAGACCCACAGCUGGUAGACAGCCUAAGGAUAAGGUAGAGCCUCGUCCCACAACUGGCAAAUGGCCAUUGGAUGAGAAAGAGCCGCGUCCUAAGGGUGGUAGACAGCCUAAGGACGAAAGACCACAACGUUCAGCAUCUGGCAGACUUCCCAAGGACGAAGUAGAGGUUUUAAAUGUAGAAGAGGACACAACAACAACAAUUACUACCAAGCGUUCUUCGAAGUCUCCAUCACCAGCUAGCAAAGAGCUUUUGCCAUACUCAGAGGAUGACGAAGAACCAACUCCAACAACCGGUAGGCUUCCAAAGGAUGAUGCAGAGUUCGUAAAUGUAGAAGAAGAAAAGACAGCUAUAACAACAAAGCGAACAUCAAAGAAGCCUGCUACCAAAUCACCUUCACCUAGUCGCAAAGAGCCCUUGCCUUAUCCGGUGGAUGACGAGGAACCACUUUCCGGUAAAUGUCCGAAGGAUAAGGAACCGACACGUCCGUUAACAGGAAGACAGCCAAAGGAUGAGCUAGAGCCACGUCCGGCACCUAAAUAUUAUUCCGAAGACGUUGAGUUCAUUAAAGUGAGCGAAGACACAACCAUAGUUGUCACGAAGCGUCCUCCCAAGUCGCCAUCGCCCACUCGCAGGGAGUAUUCGCCCUACCCAGCCGAUGAAUUGCAUCCUUCACCUGGUAAGCAAUCCAAGGAUGUGAGAAAACCAAGCCAAACAGCUGGCAAACCGACUAAGGUUGAGGAAACGCCACGCACUGCAUCAGCUAGGCGACCAAUGGAUGAUAAAGAGCCGCGUCCUACACCUGGCAAACAACCCAGGCACGAGGCACCUAGCAAGCAGCCCAAGGAUGAUGCAGAGUACAUAAGUGGAGCGACGUCUGUGGUCAUAACAAAGCGUCCUUCCAAGUCGCCAUCACCGACACGCAGGGAACCUUUGCCCCAAACGGAGACAAAGCAUUUUGUGACCGAAAAGAUAAUCGAUUGCAAUGGCAAAACAGUGGUGGAAAAGUUCAGCAAGACCCAACGACCCGGCGGACCUACAGCUGGACCGAAGGUGAAGAAACAACCGAACGACAGUGAACCGGAGGAGUCACAGCCCAAGCAGCCCGAUUCUAGGAAGCCGUCAAUCACCAAAACCGAAACCGAGCGACGAAACUCGCGCACUACAAAGAGCACCACCAGCAAGCAGCCCCUGAAGGAAACGCAGCCGAAGACGGUGAAGAGUCCACGCAAGGAGUCGCUGCCAAGGCGUGAACCUGCCAAGCGUGAUAGCCUGGUGGAGGAAACUCGCAGCACAACAACAACAACAACAAGCACAACUGCACGCAACAGCACACAGAAGGAUAAAAAGCCCAGUGUUAGCAAUGGCUCACCCAACAUCAAGGAUCGGCUGCGCUCGUCGCCGCGCAAACAGAAACCCGAAACGGACAAUGUGGACGGAGAGUCCUCCUCGCCGGAUACGAGCCCCACGCGUAUUCCCAGCGAGCGUCGUCGCUCGAGCAACAUAUCCGUGCACACUGAGAUCAUCAUAGAUCAUACGGCGCCGAAGACGCCUUCGCCCAAGACCGAUCGCAAGGUAGUGCCGUCCAAGGUCCUGGCCAGUCCCGCACGCAAGCUGCCGGUCACAGAGCGCAAGGAGUCGGCGCCAGUGCCGCGUGUCACGCGCCGCGACAAGGACAAGGUGACGCGCUCCACCAGCGAGAAUGUCAUUAAGGUGGUCAACGGCAAGCCAAAACUGACACCCGAGAUGAGCACCCUAAAUCCGAGCUCGGCGCAGCGUCCCACCGAACGCAAUCGCCCCAGCAAAUGCUUCACCACGAGGACCAUCAAUCUGAGCGAGCAGCUGAUGAACAGCGAGGACAUGGAGAAUGUCAUCAUUGAUAUACAGCACGCGAAGAGCUCGCGGGAACCCUCACCGGAUCGCAUUGUGCCCACACCGGUGCCCGCCGAGCUGGAGACGGGCAAGCCGCGUUAUCCGGAUGUCGUGCAGGAGCCGGACGAUGAGCCGCGCAAGAAACCGAUUGUCACCAAUAUACCCAUCUUUGAGGAGGAGGCCAAUGCCUUUGUGGGCUGCCAAAUCUCAGAGCUGCGCAAUCCCAAUGGCAUCGAGGCGGAUAUCCAUGACAAUCCCACUGUGGAGGCGCCCAAGAGCCUAGAUUAUACCGCACCCAGCAAUGGUCAGCCCAGCAUCGAUAUCGAUGAGUGCCUGUUGAGUGUGCACGAGAAGGUCUCGAAGUUUACGCACACCGCCGAGCAGGUGAAGCAGCCCAAGACCUCGACGCCCUUUAGCCGAGAGUUCGAUGAGCAUGCCAAGGUCUCGGCCAGCGAUGAGUGCCUGCUGAGCAUAGACCAGAAGGUGGAUCGUUUUCUGAAGACCGCCGAGAAUAUAACUAAGCAGCCACUGACGACGCCCACGCGCGAAAUCGAGCGUCCCAGCUUUGAGGACAUCGAUGAGGAGCUGCGUCAAGACGAUUGCACGCUGAGCGUCUCGCAGAAAGUGCACAAGUUUAUCGACACCGCCGAGAAGCUGGCGCCCAGUGCACCACAAAAGUCACCUAGGCUGGUGGCCAGCAUUGAGCGUCACAUCUCGCGCCAGAGCGAGCCGGAACUCGAGCAGGAAUCGGAGCCGGAGCAGCCCUCCGACCUGGAGCCCGAGGAGCCGUUGGAGUCAAACGAUGAGCUGUUGCCUAUGUCCAAGCACCACACCACAGCCAUCGAGCUGAAGCGUCAAAAGGACAUACUCAAUCGUCCCUCGGUCUUCGGUCAGCGCAAGCCAGCCACGCCCAAGCCGACAGCCAACAGCAGCAAGCCACGCGGCAGUCCCAGUUCCAGCACCGCGCUCAUAACGGAGGAGCGUAAAUCGUAUCGCAACCAGCAGAGCCCCACACGCAACACGACGGGGCCACGCAAACCUUCGUUGGAGCAGCCACGCGGCAAGCCAGUCAAUUCGGAGCAGCGCAGCACCACCAGCACCUCAAGCACCACCAAGCGCAGGGAGCACAUAACGCAGCAGCAGUGGGUGGUGCUCAGCGAUGUGGAUGUGGACGCCGAAGAGGUGGCGACCACGCCCGCCUCCCACAGCGCCAGUCCACAGCCAACGUCGCCCGGCAGUCGCACCACCACCAAGACAACCACACGCAGCACCACUGCACCACGCAAGCCCUCACUGGAGUCAACACGCGGCAAGCCCAGCGAGUAUAUUAAGCAAACGGAGACCGAGACACGCCGCACCACCAGCACCGCCAAGCGUGGUGAGCGUGGUGAGCAGUGGUUGCACAGCGAUAUUGAUGUGGAUGUCGAGGACUUUGAGCCUGUUGGUCCACAGCCAACAUCACCGGGCAGACGCACUAGCACGAAGCCAAGCACACGCAGCACCACUGCACCACGCAAGCCCUCACUGGAGUCAACACGCGGCAAGCCCAGCGGCGACUACCAGAAAGAAAUAGAGACCGAAAAGCGACGCACCAGCAGCACCACCAAGCGUGGAGAGCAGUGGCUGCCCAGCGACGUGGAGGCGCCCAGCCAGAGUCACAGCAACAGGGCCAGUCCGCAGUCCGUAUCGCCACAGCGACGCACCGCCAACCAAAAGCCAGACACCACCAGCACCACGAACUCCACCACCAAUUCGAAAUCCACCCUCCCCUGA